AUGGCAAUAUGUUCUCUGCCUGCCAAACGAGGCGAUUGCUUGCUGAGCCGGGAAAUGUGGUAUUUUGACACAAGACGGGGAAUUUGUGACCGCUUCUUCUAUUCCGGCUGCGGAGGCAAUUCAAAUCGUUUCAGCACUAAACAUCGUUGUCAGGCGAGAUGUCAACUUUCGUUACUGUCCAAGCAGAAUUCAACCUCCCUGGAACUGCUAACGUCGCCCGACGCAACUGUGCCGAGCGUUCGUUGGGAGAUGACUUGGGCUGAUCUACUCAGAGAUGCUCCUGACAACGUAGGAAAUGAUCAGCUGACCAGAGAGACUUCAGAGGAGCAGACCAACGAGGCAGGGAGUAUAGCGUCUUCCUUGAUCGAGUUGGAAGGUGUAAAUGAGCCGUUUGAGCCGAGAAUUAUAAGUGAGUCGAUCCCUCAUCCACCCAACCUGGCAUUCCGUUAUACCAGACUUCAUUUUUACAAUCCCCUGCAGCCUGGUUUCAUGUCUUGUGCACGUGCAAUGCUCAUUAUUCAGUCGAGAUGUAAGCUGCCUAUUUAG